AUGGUAUUCGAUGAAAAGGUGAGUUUCUCCUUUCUUGGAAUUAUGAAAACCUAUUUCAGUUUGAAAAUAAAUACCAGGGAAUUGUGGUAAAUCUCAUAAACCGUAAAUCUGCCCAUCAAAAAAUGACCCUUUAUAUUUUCUACUUAUUUUUAUAUUGAAAUACUGUUUUCUGGGUUUGUCUUUCGGGGUUAAAAUAUUUUGUAUACCAAAAUCAACUAUCUAUGUUUACACAAAAUUGUUUGAAAAACGUGUUUAUUUUCUUCUCAAUCAAUCGUUUACAUUUUCAAAUAUAAUAUAAUUUUCUCUUUUCCCAUUUUCUCUCGCUUUCAAUAGAGCGCAUUUUGAUGUUCGCAAAAAACUUAGCCUUUUUCUUGUGUGUCAUUCUUUUUUUGGUUCGUUUUUAUUGAUUUUAGCCGCAUUUUUCAGUUCGAGGAAUAUUUGCAAAGAAGAAUGGAUUUCAAUCGAGAUCUUGGAAAUGAAACAAUUGGACAAAUUCAAGUCAAUAUUCAAAAUUUGAACCAGCAAGGUUAGUUUCUCAGAGAUUCGCUGACCAGCUGGUCACUAGGUGGGGUCGACUGCCCAUCUGAAAUUGACACGGACAACCACAUCGCCCGCAUUUUUUGCCAGACGACCUGGUCGCGAGGUGGUUCAGUUCAUGCAGACCACCUCGCCCAGGUUGUCCAACUCGACCCGACCUCGCGUCCAGAUCGUCUCGCUUAAGAGAAAAAAGUCGAAAAAACUUGUGAAUCCGAGCAUUCUAGAAGAAAUUGGCUCAUUUUCUGUUUUUUCGGAGUACUAGAAGCCUUAGGAAGUGAAAAAAACAGGAAAAAAUGCACUAUUUUGAGUACAAACCACCGUCUUGCUAGCUUUCCAGGAUUUCAAACACACAGGUCACGUGGCCGGAAAACUCAAGGCGACCUGGUGGCCGAAUCAAAUUCAGCUCGUUUUGAACUUUCCGGCCACCUGGUCCUGAUCUAGUGGCGAGCUGGCCAGCGAAUCUCUGAGUUUAUAUUAUACAUUUUUAGAAUUAGGAAAUUCAUACAUUUUUUUGAAAGAUUAUCUUGAAAACAUAUUGUAAUAGUCACAAAAAAUUAAAUGUUUCAGAAAUAUUCCAUUUUGAUUCAAAAUUUUUAGCGAAAAGUUUAUGUCAAUUUUACAAAAUGUUUAAAAAUUGGAGAUUUUAAAAUUAUUUCUAUUUUUCUGUAAAUUGACUAGACAUACAAAUGUUGACGAAAAUAAAUAAUUUCACGCGAAUUUUCAAACAUUUAAAUUUAUUUUAGUUCAACAGUUGGAUUCAUUCAUUUCGCGUCUUUCUGAUAGCAGCGAUGUUGGAGAAAAACAACGAAAUUUGUUCAAUGAAAAAGCUCAACAAGCUCAAGAUUUGUCGAAAGAAACUAAUAGUUUGAUGAAAAAAUUGGUUGAAAUGUCAAAUUCAAAUGUGAGUUUCUAAAUAUUUAUUGAUUUUUUACAUAUAUUCCAAAAAAAAAGCUUUUUUUCAGAGAAGUUUGAAGGUUCAUCGGGAAAGAUUGCAAAAUGAAUAUAUUGGAGUUUUGAAUCGACUUCAAGCAACUCAAAGAAAAGCAGCGAAAACAGAGAAAGCAAGCAUGAGACAAGUCCAAGAAUCAGUUGAAAAUCCAGACGAUGAUAUAUUUGGAGGUGGAUCAAAUCAACAAAUACAACAACAAGUUCAAAGACAACAAAAUAUUAAUUUGCAAGAAAUCAAAGAACGAAAACAAAAUUUAGAACAAUUGGAACAAGAUAUUGGAGAUGUCAAUGCGGUGAGAAUAAUCAUUUGAAAUUUUAAUUUUUUAAACAAAUAUGUAAUUUAGAUUUUUGCUGAACUUGCAAAAAUAGUUCACGAACAAGGAGAUAUGGUUGAUUCAAUUGAAGCAAAUGUUGAACAUGCUCAAAUUCAUGUUGAACAAGGUGCACAAAAUGUGCAACAAGCUGUUUAUUAUAAUCAAAAAGCUCGUCAAAAGAAACUUCUUCUUUUCUGUUUUUUGGUUAUUCUUAUUUUUAUCAUUGGACUCACUAUUUAUCUCGCAAAAUAA